AUGGCUUAUGAAGAACAGACAGUAAUAUUUUGUGUAACUUACAAUGGAGUUGAUCGAUCCUUUGAACUCCUAGAAUAUGAUGUGGUUGGAUCUUUGAAAGAACGCAUUUCGAGAAUUUUUGAUAUACCACCAGAAACGCAGGUCAUCGAUGGAUGGAAAAAUGUACCGGAAGCUGAUAACACUAUAUUGCAAUCAUGUGGCGAUACACGUUGUGUUACUUUUCUGAGCGUUCGAUGUUUAGAGAAGAGUGAUAAUAGAAGAAAUGAAAAUAAUGCCACCUAUGAUGUUCCAAGUGAUGAUGAUAUUGAGGCAGCCAUUUCAGGAUUUAUGAAAAUACAAAGACAUAUCACCUCUGGCAUUGAAAUAAAGACAGUUACAUUGUCAGAAGCCAUAACAGAAUGUUGUUUUGCAAGUAUACAAGAGCGGAAGGUGCUGCUUCUCUAUCUGCAUAAAGAAAAUGAUGAUUUUUCAAGACUGUUCUUGAAAAACGUCAAUAAUACGAAAGUCAGUAACAUUAUGAAGAAGGAUUUCUUUCUACUUGCCUGGGAUGUAGAAAACACGCAGUACCACGGUGAUAUGGAAAGAGCAUUGUGCGAGUUUGAACUGUCUAGCCUAGCAAGUUUGGUACGAACCAAGACAUGUUGUGCCCUGUUCAUCCAAAACAUCUCUGACUGUAUAGCAGUGAAUUCCAAGUUGGCCGGAAAAAUUCCUGAUAAGGACUUUCUGAAUGCAUUAGUGAACACAUCAUCGAUUCUCGCUGCCGAAAAGAAGCAAGAGGUUGAUUUGCAUGCGUUGGAGAGGACUGCCGGCAGUAAUAACGACAUGACAUCAAUUAGAUAUCAACAGCUCAUGUCAGAUCUGUUGGGAGAUAGAGACUACGAUAGUUUUGAGUACAAUCAGCAUCAAGAGCUGAAGGAUAAGAUUGCCUACGCUUUGUUUGGCCCCCCAGAAAAAGAAGAAGGGUAUGACAGGAAGCAAACAUCCAGAGCUGAAAAAAUAUAUCUUUCUAUCAUUGAAAAUAGCAAUGAAAUUUCUGAAUUCAGAGAUCUAGUUGAGAUAUCGUUCAUCUACAAUUGUACCGAACCCCUGGCUAAGGAAAAAAUUCAAAGGGCAAAGAAAUAUGGAAAUAGUUAUAAUCCCAAUACAGAUUUGAUGCCAGUUCCAAUUUUUGUGCUGAGAAAAUGUCACAAUAGCAAUAACCCUUGCAGAAUUUUCAUUGAUGAUAUUGGAAGGGUGUAUCAAUCUUGGAAUGAAUAUAAAAACAAAAAUAAACUACAUGAAUGCAAGAUGGUGCUUCCUCGUGAUGGAAGGUAUGAGGUGGACCGAAACGACAAAGUCCUGCUAGAGACGCAUCUGUCUCCCGCCUGCGGCCUGGACAUCAAGAUCCUCCAGGGGGCGGACAUGGUCAGCACCGGCGCCGGCCUGGCGUCCGGCGGCGUGUUCCUGGCCGCCAUCAUACCGGCGGUCACGGUGGCGCCGGCCGUUCUGGCGGUCGCCGGCGUGGUAGGUGCCGGCACCGGGCUGUACGCCAUCGGGCGCAGCAUUCACACCCUGGUCGACAGGUCGAAGCACAAAGAGACCAUGAGCUUUGCUAAUUCUGAAGCCAGAGGUGCUUACUUGAAUAUAGUAGCCGGUGCUUUAGGAUUCGUAGGCGCAGGAGCUAAUAUGGCUGUUUCACAACUUGCAGCAAGAGGAUUCAACAUCGGAACGGGUGCUGGGGCAGUGGUAAAUACUUUGGGUGUAGCUAAUAUUGGGGCCAGUGGCGUAAGCCUCAUUAAUAGCACAAUUGACGUAGUUGAUCAGUGGAUUAAUGAAAAUCAAACUCCAUCUCUCUUGACGAUCGUCCAGUUGAGUUCGUCGGUUCUCUUCUUUGGCAAUGCAGUCUACAAUUUCAGAACGUGUUCCUCCAUUGUGGAAGAAUCACAAGCUAGGGCUCUGCAAGAUUAUAAUGAUUCUUUGAGGAGCAAUAGACAUAGAAAAACUUUCAAUAAAUUGGUGAAGGAAACAAUCCGUCAGAAUAAUGGAAAUCAGGCGAGCGGACGCGCAGAAGUGAUAUCGGCGAUUCGCAACAUGCCUAACAAAGACGAAGUCUUCGCGGCUCUAACAAGAGCAAACAGAGAUAUGAACCGAAGAGGCAUCAGAUUUUACGUCAACGGAGGAGAGAUAACGUUGAACGGUCAACCGAUCGACAUCAACAAAUUCACCAUAAUGAGCAAGAAUGAAACGAGUGCCUUUUUGUCUAAGCUGCCCAUGAAAUCUAACAUAUCAACUAACGAAGUGACAUCGAUGCAAAAAAUAUUAUCCAAUGUCGACAUUGCCAUGCCUGAAAUGGAUGCAAUAGCUCGAUAUGCUGUGCAAUUACUAGGUUCUUACACAGGAAGCAUACAAGGACUCAUCGUGAUUGCUCUAAAAGAUCUAUUAGGCUAUAUUUCGGCUGAGUUCCAGCGAAUCCUAAUUGAAAUAUUCCCGAAGGCGAGCAAAUAUUAUAAUCUGCUCAAUAUGUUGGUUGAAUUUUUCAGCAGCGUAGCCAUUAAACUUUCAAAUGAAAAGAAAGCAGCUCCUAUGAAAGGAGAUGGCCAAUACGUGAAGUUAUUCGAAAUUGCUGUGAAAGCGUGUUUUAGCGGAGGUCACCUCAGCGAGCUAGCUCUGAGAGAAUUGAUGGAGUUCUUCAGCGCUUGGUUGACUGAGAAGAUUUUCACAUUACAACUAAAAGAAGAAUCAGAAAGCAGAAGGCAAAACCAUUCGGGAAGGCCUAAAGUGAGAGCACACUGCCAUGUUUGCAAUGGGUAUUUUUACAAAGCUUCCUGA